AUGCACCCGCGGCGUCCCGACGGGUUCGACGGCCUGGGCUACCGGGGAGGCGCCAGGGACGAGCCGGGCUUGGGCGGCGCGUUCCCGGCCAGAUCCUUCGGCGCGGGCGCGGAGCUUGGUCACUGGGUGACGACGCCCCCGGACAUCCCCGGCAGCCGCAACCUGCACUGGGGCGACAAGAGCCCGCCCUACGGCGUGCCGUCCACCUCCACUCCGUACGAGGGCCCGGCCGACGAGCCCUUCCCCGGCGACGGCCGCAGCGCGCAGGCCCAGAGCAGCGAACAGUUGAAUAGAUUUGCUGGAUUUGGUAUUGGCCUUGCAAGUCUCUUUACAGAAAAUGUUCUGGCCCACCCUUGCAUUGUUCUGCGGCGCCAAUGUCAGGUUAAUUACCAUGCUCGGCAUUAUCAUCUCACCCCAUUUACUGUUAUCAACAUUAUGUACAGCUUCAACAAAACUCAGGGACCACGAGCCCUAUGGAAAGGAAUGGGAAGUACAUUUAUUGUCCAGGGAGUCACACUUGGAGCCGAAGGCAUCAUUAGUGAAUUCACUCCUUUACCAAGGGAGGUUUCCCACAAAUGGAAUCCUAAGCAAAUAGGUGAACAUCUUCUACUGAAAUCCCUGACAUAUAUUGUGGCAAUGCCUUUUUAUUCAGCAAGUCUGAUUGAAACAGUACAGAGUGAAAUAAUCCGAGACAAUGCUGGCAUACUGGAAUGCAUUAAAGAAGGAAUUGGAAGAGUGAUAGGCUUGGGCGUGCCUCAUAGCAAGCGACUCCUCCCGCUGCUUGCCUUGAUCUUCCCCACAGUGCUGCAUGGAGUUCUUCAUUACAUUAUCAGCUCAGUCAUCCAGAAGCUGGUCCUAUUUAUUCUGAAGAGAAAGACUUACAAUAGCCACCUUCCCGAGAGCACUAGCCCCAUGCAGAGCAUGCUGGAUGCUUAUUUUCCAGAACUGAUUGCUAACUUUGCGGCUAGCCUUUGCUCUGACGUUAUACUUUACCCACUGGAAACAGUGUUGCAUCGCCUUCACAUCCAAGGAACACGCACAAUAAUUGACAAUACAGACCUUGGCUAUGAAGUGCUUCCAAUUAAUACACAGUAUGAGGGAAUGAGAGACUGUAUCAAUACCAUAAAGCAGGAGGAAGGAGUGCUUGGUUUUUAUAAGGGAUUUGGCGCUGUUAUAAUUCAGUACACACUGCAUGCAGCUGUCCUACAGAUUACCAAAAUCAUUUACUCCACACUUCUUCAAAAUAGCAUUUGAGAGUUAGGUUCUAUCACUGCUCUGUCCAGAAGAUACAAUCUGGAUAACUAGCUAUGAAAUUAAUGAGGGAUAAAAAUGAAAUACUGGGUGGAAAACUAAAGUGUAUUGAAAAAAAACUGGUAGCAAAAGUCCAUACUGAUUAUACUGUCUUUUUAUUUCCAUUAAGUCAUAAGCACAUAUAUUUAGAUCAAAACUAUUCUAAAUUUGGAAGCUCAAUAAAAAUAAUCAUCAUAAGAAGUAACUAUUGGUGAAGAACUCAUGCUGAACUAAAAUUGAUUCUGGGUAAAAGCAAAAAAAUUAUCAAGUAUAAGGUGAAAUUUCAGUGAGUUGAAUUUUUUACCUGACCUUAAUAUUUGUUACAUGUUUAUUUUACCUUUUAAAUUCCUGUUGGUAUGUUAUUCUUAAUACAGUAAAUGUUAUCAAGAAGUUUUACUUUUAAGCAACCAAAUUGUGUCAUCAUUGAAAAAGACUGCAAAUUAGAUUUGACAGUCUAUAAAGAGGAGAUGAAGCAUUUUAGAUUGUAUUGUUUAUGUAUAACUAUUUUAGUGGCUGUAUAUAUGUAUUAUAUAAAGCCAUUUGUGUAUUCACAUGUAACUUGGAAUUUUCUUCACCCCUACUUGUAGACCAGCUUAGUGGAUAAAAUGAAAUCUGCUUUCUGCUUGAACAUCAGAGUAAAACAUCAAAAGCCAAGGUACCAAAAGUUUUAGUCAACUAUAGCAUUCUUGUUCCCAUCAAACCCAGUGUUUCAGUAUCAGCAACUUAAAAUUUGUCAUGUAUUUGUAAAGUUUGGUUUACAUAGUUGUAUGGAUCAUCACACUAUUUUUAGAGCUACACUUAAGAAAGAAUAAUCAUGACAGCUAUUACUGUUUACACAUUUACAAAUUGUGUACUUAAAGAAAACUCACUUGCCUUUCAUGUCUAAGUGACUUAUCUUAGAAAAGACAAAAUUAAGUUUCAACUGGGAAUUUGUGCCUCUUGUUGGCCAUAAAUAGUGAUUGCAAUUAUUUAAUUAUUUUUUUCUUUGUAGCUUUUGCUUAAAUUUUUGUUUUCUGAAAUGGGUGCACUUAAAGAGAAAAGGAACGUGUCCUUAUCACUUUUCUUUAAAACUUGAUGGAAGAGUACUAAGGAAAAAAAUACAAACUUCAAAGAAAAUUGUUACUGUGUUUUAUGAAAGAGUGGCAGGACUACAUUUCAACAAAUAACCAAAACAAUGUUAUUGAGCUUAAUAAAACAAAACUUGGUUAUAUUGCUAAAUUUAAUUUGGUGGAUUAGACUUGAAUAAAAUAUACAUUUGACUGAUACAUCAUCUAACAUUUAACUGUUUCUUCAUGAAGAUGAUCACAGUUUUACAAACACAAACCUGAAAUACAGUGACUUUGCACAGAUGUCUUCCAACCUAGAAUGCAUGCAAACAAAUUCAUGUUACUUGUUAAAUGUUAUAGAGAUUGUUAUUGUUGUGAUUAAUAGUCUCAGAGCAAAAAAAAGGGCAUCUAAAAAGCAUAAAAGUGUGUGUAUGUAUGUAUAUGUUUGUGUGUAUAUAUGUAUAUGUAUAUAUGUAUAUAUAUACACACACACAUACAUGCACCCAUACACUUACAAAUGGGAGUUCUUACUUUCCUGUUGUGUGUUACUGAGAUACAUGUUUUUCAUUGUUAAAUUCUCAGAAAGGGAAAAUAAAUGCUAUUGACCACAUUUUAUUUUACUAUGUCUAACCUAUAGUAUUUCAUAUUUUAUUACUUUACUUUUGGGCAGCUACAUUUUUUAGGUACUUACAUUCACCUUAAAAACUUGCCAUUUUUGUGAUAGGCAGUUUUAGGGAAUGUUUAGAAAUGUUUAGAAAAUACUAAGUUUCAGAAAACUUUUAUAAUAAUAUGAAAGCAAUCAUGUAUUUCCUAGUGAAAAUAUGUAGAAUUCUUCAUCUUGCUAGAAAUUAUACAUAUUUCAAGGUUAGUUGUUGGAAGCUACUGUGAAUAUAGCAAUAUGAGUUUGUCUCAUGAAGUUAAAGUACUGGUAGGCUAAACCAAACAAAUUUGGUAAAUUGCUCUAUCUGUCUCCUUGCAGAAAGAGAAUACAAAUUAACAUGAGAACUAAAUUGAAAGAUUUUAAGUAAAAUGCUUUUUUUUUUUCUGCUUUCAAAUCAUUUACAUUGUAAUCUUUCAAAAUCAAGUAUGUAUGGGCUAAGGAGAGCCCAGCCAGUGAAGUGCUUGCCUUACAAGCAUUGCAGAUCUGAGUGUAAUCCAUAGAACCCACAUAGCAAAAGCCAGGUGUGGUGGUACAUACUUGUAAAACCAGCUCAGGCAAGGCAGACACAGGGAUCCCUGAAGCUCACUGAAUAGCCAGACUAGCCUAAUGGGUGAGCUCCAGGCACAAGACACCCUGUCUCAAAACAAGCAUUAAAAAAAGGUAAAUGUAAUUCCUGAGGAACAACAGACAGGAAUGUCCUCUGGCCUCCACAUGCACAUAUGUGCACAUAUACUCAGACACACAGUAUACAUAUGCAUUUGAAAAGUUCAAGCAUUUGUAUUUUAGCUUGACAAAUGUUUCUUCACAAACUUAGGAAACAUCCAUUAGAUCCAUGCUUUUGAAAAAUUGCAAUUUUCCUUGUAUUCGUAGAGUACAUUUCUUAAGAUAAUCAUAGAACAGAAUAAUACUUUUAAACUUAGCAUGGCAAAUUUCAUUAUCGAUAUGAUUCUGUUAAAUAGUUGCCCAGGCCAGACUUUGGCCAAGGAACUUGAAUUGCUUUCUUACAUGGUUGGGUUGCAUAAUUUGAGUAGAAUAGACUGAUAAUUAUUGAAUUAAAAAGUGGUUAAAAUUAACCUGUCAUCUAAGUUUAUUCAUUGAUUUUUUUAAAUUGUAUAUAGAUUUGCCUGAAAUACCUUCAAAUUCAUUACGGGCCCUUAAUAAAAUUCCUAGGAUAAUAGAAUUGUUUACCCAAAUCUUCAAAACCCAACACCAGUUGUUACAAAAUGCUAAAAGCAAGCUAACUUCAGAAGUUUGUGUUGGAGGGCUGGAGAGAUGGCUUAGCAGUUAAGGCACUUGCCUGCGAAGCCUGAGGAUCCAGAUUCAAUUCUCCAGGUCCCACGUAAGCCAGAUGCACAAAGUGGCGCAUGCGUCUGGAGUUCAUGUGUAGUGGCUAGAGACCCUGGGCACCCAUUUCCUCUCUCUAUCUCUAAUAAAUAAAAGUAAAUAAAAAAAGAAGUUCGGUUUGGAGUGUUUGAUAUCCUGUGGCUUUCAAAACAAAAUGAGAGGUUAGGGAUCUCACUUGCUCUCAGAUGUGCCUGACUACCUGUGCACAGCUAUCUUCAGCGAUGCUUUAUUAGAGCCGCACACAGCAUUCACUCUCAUUGGGCACAGAUGUUCUGUCAGUUCUAGCCAAGUGUUCAUGCAUCCAUUCAGAAAAUAAAAAAUGCUGGGUUGGAAGUUGUUUUGUUACUUUAGACCGUGGGAGGUUUUACUCUGUGUUUGGUUAUGGAUGUUGUAGAACAGAAAACUAUCCUGCCAGCUCUUGAAGGGGUUCUAGUGCCUGUUAUCCUUCAGGUUUGAACAAUUUUUAAAACUUACAUAGGGAAAUAAAAGUCCUCGAGAACAAUUCACAUUACACAAGGAUUUGAGGGCUACUUAAUGCUUGCAUUUCUGCUUUCUCUUUCUCUUUUCCCUUCUUCCCUCUUUCUCUUUUUCUCAUAAACUGAAUAUAUAAUGUCCUACUUUUAAGUCAUUAUCACUAAUAUAGAACUAAGUUGCAUAUUAAAGUAACAAAAAUUUGUGAUUCAUCAGUGACUCUUAGAUGGUAUUACUUCAGCCCCAAAACGUAUUUAUAUGUUUAGCUUUCUGUGUUAGUUGUUUUUGUCUCACUAGCAUUUUCAAUGUUUUAGAUAGUAAGUUGUAUAAUAUGAAAAAUUCAAUAAAAUGUUGAAGCAAA